AUGGCAAUGAAGAGAAGCAAAGCACGUUCAGCUGCUGGUUCCGAUGGCAUUCAAUCCCCUUCUCUUCGUGCUCUUUCACAAAUACUCGCCCUUACCAUACCCAUUACAAUAUCGUGCCUGUCGACGCUGUAUAAGGUGCUGACAAGAAUAUUUACAGACCGUUUGACAGCCACAAUUGAGGAAAAGUCAAUUCUACCACCGGAGCAGGCUGGUUUCCGCAAGCACUUCUCGACCAUAGAUCAUAUUCACACUAUUAAUAUGAUUACCGAGAAAUGUCACGAGUUCAAUAUAGAGCUAUGUGCCGUUUUCGUCGAUUCCAAGAAAGCGGAGGAAAAAUUGAUAAUGAGCCUUACAACCUGCUAA